UCCUCCUCUUCCUCCUCCUCCUCUUCCCCCUCCUCCUCCCCUUGCUCCUCCCUCCUGCAGUCUUACUCUUAGUCGACACUAUUCUGCUGAGUAGCAGUGAGCUAGCAUUUGACAGCAUACAUCCUCCAGCACAGGAAGGAAACUACAUCACCCACAAUCCUCUGCUGCUGCUCUCACUGUGUCCCAGUCUGCACAGACGCCCCGUGGAACCCUGUGAGUUGUGGUCCUCCAUCACUAGCUGCUGAUAGGGAGACUGAUGUGCCAUGACAACAGACAGGGACAGAAAGUGACUCCAGAACCAUGACCUCCUUCCUCGAUGACGCUGACAACGUGUUUGACCUGAACCAGGCGGUCCCUGAGACUGAGCUCCUCGACAACAGCAUCCAGAAAGGCCGUGCCCAGCUGUCCGUCAAAACCCGCAGGCACCGCCCCUCCAGGUCCCGUUACCGUGACAGCGUGAGUUCGACGGAGGGCGACGACAGUCUGGAGCCCAAGGACGCCUCGCUAAACUCCGCCCGCUCACCUUUACACCUGGCCAUGCGAGGCUCCUCCCCUUCUCCUGAUUCACUGCUUUCUGCACGAAGCCCCGCCUUCUCAUUCGACACAUCCCUGGUGCGACGCUCCCCAGAGGACGGCGGUGCCUCACUGGCCGCUGCCCCUCGGGGGCGGUACCACCAACUGACCAAUGCAACAUCUCAAGAGGCUCUGGUGACGCCCAGCAGCGCCCUGUUCAAGUCCGGCCCCUCCCCCGACUGCUCACCUGUUUACCUGAGGAGGAGCAGGAGGCCCGACAGUGAAGUCCUGGUUUCAGAUUCGAGUCGGGACUCGAGUCCAGCUGAACCCAGAAGUCCAACUGUGGUCUUGGACAAGAAGACCAAGAGGCGCUUUCUGGACCUGGGGGUGACGCUCCGACGCUCCUACAUCCGAGUGAGGAAGGACAAGUCCAGCAGGCUGUCCAUGGGGGACAGGGAGCCAUCACAGAGUCCAUCCCGGUCCUCGGCCUCCUUUGUUCCGUUCUCCUGGUUCUCUGAGGGGCGGGGCUCCGUCUCCUCCUCCGGGAUCCCCCCCUGCUCUCCGAAGGCCCCCCCGCUGAGUUCACCACGACCCCAGAAGUCCCACUCCCAGGAGUCUUCUCUCAGUCUGGACUUGUCUCCUCCUCUCUCCUCUUCGUCCACUUCUCCUCCUGUCGACUCAGCGUCCAGAUCUGCACAUCCAUACCACACACUGUCAUCUGACGAGCCAUUGGACGAGCCCACCUGUGUGGCGUCGUCGUGGACGACAGAGCAGGUCUGUCAUUGGCUGCGAGGACUCAACAUGGAGCAGUAUGUCCCAGAAUUCAUAGAGAGAGACAUUGAUGGACAGCAGCUCCUGCAGAUGGAUGGAAGCAAACUGAAGGGUCUGGGCGUGCUCAGUUCGUCUGAUCGCAGCGCCCUGAAGCGUCGCAUUAAAGACAUCCACACGGCGGCUGAGAAGGAGAAGAAAGUUCUGGAAAAACUGGAAAAACAAAAGGAGAAGCAGCGCCGGAAAGAGCAGGAGCAGCGCAGGAACUAAGGUCCACCAGCAGAGGACACCAGAGGAUGAACAGAGGAAAAACAGAGGAAAGAGAGAGGAAAGAGAGAGGAAAAACAGA